AUGACAUCCAGGCCAGGAGAAUCCGGUAGUCGACCAUCGUUUGCAAAGGUUGCUGCAAUGCACCCUCAUACUGAAUCUGAGCUUCCCCGGGCGCACGACCGCGGUGAAGGUUCUCGGUCUAAUAGCUGCUCGUUAGGUCGAUGCAAUGCAGAUAUCGAUAGCCUCCCGGCCCAAGAUGUCCGGAGCCCAGUUACACGUCCCGCCACGCCGGAUAAAGAUGGGAAUGGCCUGGCCGAAACAUUGGAUAACCUUCAUCUUUCGGAAGAUAAAGAGGGUAGGCCCAUACGAGACACUGUCGGUGGGGCUCAAGAGGAUGGGCAGCCACGAACGGACAGUUUGUUUGAUGAUGAUCAAACACAUCUCUCUAAUUCAUCCACAAAACCGACCAGCUUUGAUUCCAAAAGCAUGGCUUCCGUCACCACAUUUGCCAUGGAUGAAAAGGAGUCUUUACGGCCUGACGAUAGUGCGAGUGUUCAGGCGGUGGAAGAAGAUGAAUAUCUCGCCCCUGCUGUAGACACUGCUAGCUCGCAGGCGAAUUCUAUUUCGCCCGUGUCAAAUCGAGAUGACUUGCAUAAAAAUACCUUGCUUAGAGAGCCUGAGCUGUUGAAGAAAAAUGCCUUGCCUUUCCAUGAAGAUGCUUUGCGGAGAAAUGGGGUUCUCCCUAGAGAGGCGACACCGGCAUCUGAAAGUGAGCAGAAUCUUCACGGAUUUCCCAGUGAACCUGAUGAAAAGCUUGUGGAGGCUAUGGGUUCUCCAAAGGACCGUCUGCUACUCCUCCAGUUAGAAGAGAAGAUUAUAUCGUUCAUCAAAAAUUCAAGCGAAGGAUCCUUAGAGUUACCACCAUGCAACUCGUUUGGUCGCUUACUUGCACAUAAGCUAGGUGACUAUUACCACCUAACACAUUUCGUUGACAACAAUGUCACUUCCGUCAGGCUUCAUCGAACCCCAUGGAGCAGGCUGCCAACUCCAUUAACGAUGCUGCAUCCUGCAAACGGAAAUAAUCCAUCUGUGGCUGCCCCUGCGAUGAAGAUCAUGCGCCGUAUGGGUCAGCCCGGUGAGAAGGGCUCUGCUACCGGAAGUACUGCCACAAGCUCAGCCGUUCCUUCGAAAACUGGUUCGGAAUCCGGGGGUGAUGUUACUCACGAUGAAGAGCGAAAUGGGGGAACAUCAUCGACUGGAGCUACACCAUCGAGAGAGCGUGCCAAUCUAACUCGAGAAGAGCGCGAAGCCAAGUACCAGGAAGCGCGGGAGCGUAUAUUCAGGGAUUUCCCUGAAUCGAAAUCGACCGAUACUGGCAGUGGAGAACACAGCGCCGAUGUUUCCAGGUCGAGUUCCAGAGCAGGACGGAAAAAGGUAUCCAAACCUAGGUCUCCAAAGGACGAUGGGUUUGAGGCUAGAUCACAAUUCAACGCAUACUACACCUCCCCCCAACUUGCGGGUGGCCCAGCAGUAUAUCACAAUACGUCUCAUAAUGGAGGUGUUCCGCCUCAGAAUUACUAUGUAAUGACUCAGACUCCACCAAGUGUUGGCAUGCAUUACUCGCAAAUGAGCCCUUCAGGCCCAAUGUACGCUCCAUCAGGAGUAAUGAACGGAAUGCUUCCAUACUCCGGGCCACAAUCGCAUCCAAACCAGAGUAACUGGCAAGCUGGCCACCCAGGGGGGUACACCCAGUAUCAGCACCCUGCUCAGGUUUCGCCUAUGAUGGCUCAACGUUCUGCAACUGUACCGUCUCCUAGGGCACCUACAUACUCCACGCCCAGUCACUUGCAGUAUUCGCAACCACCUCCGGCUUGGACUCCUGCUCCUUUCCAACCUGGAUUUCCCCAGUCCAUGGCACGUUCACCUCCCGUACACUGGCCAAAUCUCCCUCCCAACACAAUGGCGGGCGGCCAAACCCCAUAUACCCAGGGUUUAGGGUCCCCUCAAUUUAUACCCAAUAAGCCCUCUCAUCCUGCACCUGGUAGCUUUUCACGUUCACGGUUUAGUCCUCAAAACAGAUCGUUUGCUCCAACUGGCAAUUCGCAAGCUGCUUAUUUUGAUAAUAAUACUCACGCUCUUCAGUACACAAACACGCAAUUCAACAACCCUUCGCGGCAAAAUUCUAGAGAUACAUCGAAGCCGGGAUUAAAUCCAUCUCCUCCUUCCCAAUAUUUUAAAUCCAAAGGAACGCCCCCCAACGCAACGGGCCAACAACAAGCCUACGGAAGACAGGCUGACGCCCAGGAUUCGAUUGCGAAAUGGGGCACUCCCUCCCAUCUACCUCCAAAACCGCCACCCCCCGAAGCGCCUUACCAUACCGAAACCACGAACCGCCCUAGUACCAUCGCUUCCCCGUCACUUGCAUCCAACGCCACACCCUCCGAUAUAAAAUCUGCCCCGUUUGUGGUAUCCGGCUCAUCGAGUAGCGAGAAACCUCAGUCUCAUAGCAAUGCAUCCACAGGAUAA